GAAAUUUAAUAAUGCGUUCAAAUCUAAUUGUUCUGUUUUUGUGGCGGAUUCUCUGUUGCAGACUGGAAACAGCAAAGGCUGUGGAUUUGUGGAGUUUGAGUGUAAGGAUGUUGCCAAGACAGUUGCUGAAACAAUGAACAACUACCUGUUUGGUGAAAGGCUCUUGGAGUGUCGUCUUAUGCCACCUAAGAAAGUCCAUAAAGAGCUCUUUAAAGACUAUGUUCCAUUGAAGCAGCCGUCAUAUCCGUCAGUGAAACGUUAUAAUCAGAAGCGGACACUAACACAAAAGCUACGGAUGGAGGAGCGAUUUAAAAAGAAAGAAAGUUUACUCAGGAAGAAACUAGCUAGAAAGGGAAUCGAUUCUGAUUUUCCUUCUUUGAUUUUACAGAAAACGGAAAGUAUUUCAAAAACUAAUUGUCAGAAGUCUACAAAAGGCCAGGUUUUACGUAAGAAGAAGGAAAAGGCUGUAGGCACUCUUGACACUGCUGAGAAGACUGUGGAUAGCCAGGGCCCCACACCAGUUUGUACACCAACAUUGGAGAGACGAAAAUCUGAAGUGACUGAAAUGAAUGAAGAUGAUACAGAUAAUGAAGUUUUCAAACAGCCCGUGUCCUGUAUAAAAGAAGAAAUAUAGAAGACCCAAACACCUACGCAUUCACGGAAGAAAAGACGAAGUAAAAGCAGUCAUUUUUAAUGUAUUUUCUGAGA